CAAGGCUCGGCGGCCAGCAUGUAAUACUAUCAUGUAUCCUAGCUGAAGCAGGCUCCUGGCUUCUGGAAGGGCGCCUGUUGAGGUGGAGGGAUGCGGUAAAAGCUGGCUGCUGUACUCUACUGAGCUUGAAACUGUAGCAGGCCAAGCUAGGUUGGAAAAACUGCAGAUUAUGCAAGUUUUAGGGAGUGUCCUUUUGUAAUUUGUAGGUCGCACUCUCGAACCGAAAGACGGCGUCUUUGCGGUUCGAGGCUUGGGUGCUGGCGUCGAAUGCCCUUCUUGAAAAAAGUUCAGAAAUUAGUUAGCUUUCGAUUGGUAAAUUUUCCUGCUCUCUGUCCAGAAUACAGGACGAAUUAGAGGCUGCAGCUGUCAGGGCAGCCGUUGUAAGUGCAAGGGGCAUAAGUGCACGGAAACAAAACAGGAAUGAAAAAUGCAAAAGAGGACUUGUUGUUCCUAACAUGAUGUACAUUAUUAAGUUCGACGCUUCUUAGAGUUCUGCGGUACCUCCAUCAGGUCCUUGUGAGGGACCUGCUGGUGCCCCCAGGAGCAGCAUGCCAUUAGUCUAUGAGGGGGGCGGGUUCGGUGCUUUGGGUAACGACGUCACUGAUGCAGCGGGAUUGUUGCAAGGCCUGAGAGCAACAGAGGAUGCCUUCGCCGCUCAGCCAGGCUUGCUUGGAGGGCUCCCCAAUGUCUUUGAGGAUGAGGAUGAUUUUGACAAAGCGAAGGCACCAGAAACCGGGAUGCGUUGCUCCCGUCAAAAUGGCCUUGGAUGGCAGUGCGCAAAUCCUGCUGUCCCCGCUAGGCGUUACUGUGAGAAGCACCUGAUGAGGAAGCCAAAGAAGAAGAGAGUCAAGGUGGUCUCUGCGGAGGUCGUCCAAACUGAUUCUCAGGACACAGAUGGCAAAGGCCGUGCUAAGCCCGGCAUGUGCCACCGCACCAACGGCCAGGGCUGGUGGUGCAAGCGCGCCGCCGUCCCCGGGACCACUUUCUGCCAAAACCACCUCGACCGCAUCCGCAAGCAACGAGAAAACCGCGCCGCCCGGGAAAACGGCAAGGGCAAAUCGUCUCCGGCCGAAGCUUCCAACCAGGCGGAGGGCUGGAGCCAAGGGGGGUUGGAAAAGUUUCCGGAGGAGAGAGAGGAUGACAGCGACGAAGAUAAGCCGCUGUGGGAGCUUCCGGGGCUGCGGUCGGGGGCGCCGUCGUUGAUGCAGGUUGCGGAGGCGGGGUUGGACGAGGAGGACCGGGCGGGGGGGGACUGGCGGUGCAAGCGGUCGGACGGGCGCAACUGGCAGUGCUCCAAGGAGCGCCAGAUGGGGCGGCCGUACUGCCGGGAGCACACGGAGCUGGACCGGAAGAAACGAGAGGCGGCGAAGAAGACCGUGAAAGAGAGGAAGCGGCAGAAAAAGGAGGAGAAGGAGCGCGGGGCGGAGCCGGCAGCGCAGCAGGGGCCGCCGUUAAGCGACUCCGGGGGAUCAGCGACGGAGCUGUUGUUCAUGCCGUCGGCGCCGCAGCAGAGACAGGGGGUGGAAGCGGUGAUGUCAGCGGCGGAGCUGUUCAUGCCGCAGGGGGGUGGUUUCCCCGAGCAACUGAUCCGGUACGCGCCGGCGGGCCUGCAGGCGGCAGGCAUGCCGUUGCCGAACCGGAGCGCAUUCACACCGGUUGCAAGCCACGGGAGUGCGUUCACACCAGUGGCCAGCCACUCGUUUGGGGGGCAUGCGUUCAUGCCUGUUAGCCGGGUAAAUAAGAGUUUCCCCCAGCAGAGCGGCUUUGGGCUGUACAAUGAGGGUUCGUUUGGGGCGGGUAGCUUUGGAGGGACGCUUCUUGGGGGGGUGGCUCUGGGAGGGGGUUCGUACCGAGAUGAGAAUGUGCAUAACGCGGCUCUGAAUGGGGGUUCGUACCGGGACGAGAAUGUGCAUAACGCGUUUGACCUGAAUCAGGUACAGGAACCCGUGCGGAUCUGUCAGCUAGGGGACGGGAAAGGGUGGACGUGUGCACUAAGGGCCGCAGAGGGGCAGAGCUUUUGUGAGAAGCACUGCGAACAGCUUCUGCGACGGAGCGGGCAGGUAGUGCAAGAGGAUCUUGCGCAGCAGAUCUUGGCUGAGCACCAGGAAAGGGAGAGGCGGGCAUAUGCUAUGAUGGAGGAUGUCCAGCAGGAGCUGCUGAUGCAGGGCGAGAUCCCGACGAGCCUUUAUGGCAAUGAUGGUCAACGGUUUGGAAGCAUCUUAAGCAUCUGACGAGCCAGGUCAACAAUCAUAACGACGGUCUUCCUAGAUAAUGUUAAAUAGUCAAAAACAUGCAUGUAGUGCUUUCCAAGUGUGUCUGAAUAGGUAAACUUGUGUUUGUGUGUUUUAGGCUUGGAAUUGCUCCUUAGUGGCCCUCAAAGGAGGGCGACCAUGACCGUAUAAGGACGGUCAUGUGAGAAGCCGGCAAGGUCCAUGCUCCUGCAAUAUUACAAUUUGGACUGAAGUGUCGAUGUAUGCCAG